AUGUACAAAUUGAGAUUCAGUCAUGGCUGAUUCCGUUUUUCAGAAGUGCUGCUCCAGAAGCGGAUUUCGGCCACGGUUAGUCCGAUUUGACCUCCGUUUCAGCGGCUUUGCGUGCAGUUCCUUGGCAGUUCUUGUUCCGUUUGUACUUUCACUUGCUUGGGUUUCGUUCUCUGCUCUUUACGUCGGUGUAGCUCAGGCGCAGAUACACCAAGGCGGUGCUGCUGCGGAUACUUUUGUGACGACUGUGGAUUUGACAGCCAUGGCGGAACUUAAAGUUAGCAAGCCCGCGCUUUCGACGACGCCAUUGAGCCUUCCUAAUAGGAUUCUCAUGGGUCCUGGCCCUGCAACUCCCCACCCUCGUGUCCUGGCCGCCGCAUCCCUGCCUCUCAUCGGCCACAUGCACCCUGAGUUUCUCACCGUCAUGGACGAGGUGAAGGCAUGGCUGCAGUACACCUUCCAGACGAGCAACCCGUUCACCAUCGCCGUCAGCGGCUCCGGCCAUGCCGCCAUGGAAGCAGCAGUCGCCACGGUGGUGGAGCCAGGCGAUGCGGUGCUGGUGGGUGUGAACGGCAUCUGGGGCGAGCGCAUGACCGUGCUGGCGGCUCGGUACGGCGCUGACGUCAGGAGGAUGGAGGCGGCUCCAGGCAAGGUGUUCUCCCUUGCUGACGUGGAGAAAGCUCUGGCGGAGAACCCGGGCGUGAAGGUGGUGUUCGUGGUGCACGGCGAGUCUAGCACGGGGACUCUGCAGCCUCUAGAAGGACUGGGAGAGCUUUGCCACAAGAACGGCGCGCUGCUGUUUGUAGACGCAGUGUGCACCCUGGGGGGCGUGCCUCUGCACGUGGACGCGUGGGGCGUGGACGUCAUUUACAGCGGCUCACAGAAGUGCCUCUCCGCCCCCGUCGCCCCCUCGCCACUCUCCCUUAGCGAGAAGGCCCGCGCCAAGCUCGCCAACCGUACCACGGCGGUUCAAUCCUACUACUUUGAUAUGAACCUGGUUGGGGAGUACUGGGGCGUGGAUGGUCAGCCACGCAAGUACCAUCACACGGGCCUGGUGACCAACGUGAACGCCAUGAGGGAGGCCCUGGCAAUGCUAGCAGAGGAGGGUCUGGAAAAUGUGUGGCAGCGCCAUCGCAGCCACGCAGAGCUGCUGUGGGCAGGGCUCAAGGAGCUGGGACUGGAGCUCUAUGUGGAGGACCAUGCUUCCCGCCUGCCCACCGUGACAACAGUGAAGGUGCCUGAAGGCGUGGAGUGGGCUAAAGUCACAGGCCACCUCAUGUCUAAAUACAACCUGGAAAUAGCUGGGGGGCUUGGCCCUACAGUUGGCAAGGUGUGGCGAAUUGGUCUCAUGGGGAACAAUGCUCGCCCUGCAAACGUGGCUCUUCUUCUGGAGGCCCUCAAGGAUGCACUUGACCACGUAGGGUUCACUCCCAAGAACGCGGCAACUUAGUUUGGGUGGUUUCGCAAUGUGUGGCACCAUGAAAGGGAGUAAAUCAAAGCACUUCCUGAAUUACCAGGAGGGAGCAUCUUAGGUGGUGAUGUGUGGCAUCAUGAAAGUAAUUUUGACCAAGGUUGCUCUAAUUUGUAUGCAAGAAGGAUGUUUUUGUACUUGUUAUGCUAAUUACGUAUUCUUAGUGGAG